AUUCUUCGAUAUCCUGAUCUGAAUCAAAUGAUUUUCGAUACGCGAAUUCCGAUCUGAGCUCUUCGAAGUUAAUCGCGAUUCGGAGAUUCACUCGUCAUAGAAUCAUUACAAGCGAUGUCGAAAUUCGAAAAAACAAACGGUUCUUUUGAUCUGGUUUUGCCGGUGAAUCGUCGAAGUCACGAGUUUGAAUCACUUUCGGUAUUAAUUGUACCGUCCAGAGGCAAUCUUGAUGUGAUUUUACUGGAACAACUGCGUAAUUAAAAACAGGUUUUAUUUCAGGACCGAUAGCUGAACUUGGAAAUUCUAUAACACAAAAUUCUCCUAAUCUUACGAAUCUUAAACACUCGCUCCUGGUCAACAAAUAAAUGACUCACUCGACUGAAUCAGUCUCCGUUCCUUAGCCAUGUUUACACCGUUAUACUUUCAGUAUGACUUAUCUGCAAUAAUAACUGAAAAAGUGUAAUGUUUACAAAUAAUAUAUAUAUAUAUUUAUAUUUCCAUUCCAAAGAAAACAUUUAACACAAAUUCUACUUAUUAGCUUAUUAACCGGUUUAAGGUAACUAACCGGUUUACGGUAACUAACCGGUUUACCAAACACUCUGAAGUGCUCUAUUAAUGUGAUGAGUUUCACCUCAAGAUUAAUUUCAGAGAGAAGUUUGAGUCUGAGUUUGUGGCUUGAUUCACUGUAUUUCCAUAUGAAAUCAGUCACCUAGCAACCACUCGAAACACCUUAGCAACUGAUGGCGGCCCCCUGGAAUCGUUCAGCGGAUUGUUGCGGCGCUUUCCUCAGACAAUAUAAAUAUAAUCUAGUCAUAGUGUUUUAUAUUUAUGAUAUUGUUACGGGGCACGCAUGACACGAACGCUUAUAAAUGAUUGAAACUCUCUUUAGGUGCUUUUAGAUGAUUGCUUGUACAAAGACAUCGGAUCGAGUGCAAUUAAUCCCAACGAAGCCUUAACAUGCCUUGCUAUUAAUCUAGAGAUUAAUGACUUGAUUCACUUUAAUUAUGGAUCACCGUCCAGCCAAAGAUCUGACUAUUCGGAUGAGUUAUGCCAAAAGCAUCGGGUCAUUCCUCUUCUACCGCAGACGUACAGCUCAAAUAAUUACUUGAGUCGCGUUUAAGGCUUCGCAGAAAAAGAGUCGAUGUCAAGAAAUGAAAGGUCGUCGUUUACAGGAACGCCGUCGCGCUAGGAGCAGACAAUCGUGAUUUCAGAGGCCCGACGGACGCUUGACACGAGCUUGUGUUGCGUUUAAAGAGGGCCACUCGAGCGCCACGCUUCAUGAAGCCGCAGCCUCGAAAAAUCAAGGGUUUCGGUGAAAUCAGCAGAGUCUGACUGUUCACCCAGCGGAGAACACAGGGGCGAGCGAGCACAGCCGACUGGGAAAACCGCCGAGAACAGAGGUAUGAAAUACAGCAGCAAUACCGACAAAUGUUUUCACCGCUUAAAAUCAGUGUUUUCCGUGCGAACCGGUUGUAAAACGCUGUGAUGCGAAGCCGAAUUUUCGCAGAAACCGUUCUGAUCGUCGCCGGUGUUGAAAACAGUCCUGUUUUUGUAGAAAAAAGCAGUGACUGCAUAUUUUUCUGGAUUUUUUAAUAAAUAGCUUUCAUUAGAAACUGUCACUUUUGAACAGUUCAAUGUGUCCCUGAUGGAUAAAAGUAUUAAUGAAGAGGUCCUUUUAGUUGAAUGGUAGCCUAACGAGGGAAGAAAAUGAAAAAGGGGUUUUAGAUCAAUUCAUUAGCUGUUUUUAUAUUUUAUACAUCAUAGUUCCUCCCAAAAUCGACAGAUUAUUUUGCAUAAAUACAGUUAAAUAAGGCCAAAUGAAUAUUAUCCGGCUGAGCAUGUAAAGAUCCUGUAUCUCUGAGACGGAGAUAUUUGUUAAACACAAUUUAACCGGUGUUUAAGAAUCAGCUGAUAUGCAAAUAGUGCAGAAUAUUACUGCUUUUGACUAUAUCUUAACUACGCAGUGAUACGUUUAUCACAGUAUGUUAGAGAUGAAUGUGUAUAAUUAUCCCGUGAUGAAAGCAAGCAUCACGUCUGUCGUUUGACUGGUAUUUUUAGUCCGUUCUAAGCGUUUCUCUUCGAUUCCAGGUCAGCGGAGACAUGGCCGGCGUUCUGACGCGUUUAACCUCUGUCCUGAUGUUCUGCGCUGCGAGCACGGAUUCAUUUCACUCAUCUCAGCUUGUUCCUGAGAGCUUGAUUAUAUCAUCCUUUCAAGAGAGUCUUCAGACGGUGGAUGCUGCAGCUUCACGAGGGUUCGAUCCUCAGCUUUCGCACAUGUACGCGCUCUCUAGACGGCCGGCAUCAGAAACACAGCACCUCUCCAGAUCAGCAGAGAUCUUUCACCUGACUUUAGGGCUUUUGAAGGAGAAGGCGAGCAGGAGACAUGAAAGAUCACUGGCCGUGUCAGAGCUGCUUUCCGCCGAGGCAGCCGAGCGGAUAGCCAACCUGUCUGGAUGCCCUCGCGCUCUUCAUCCCGGCACCUGCGCCAAAGACGGAAAAUACCGCAGCAUCUCUGGAGUCUGCAAUAACAGGAAGAACCCGCUUUGGGGAGCAGCCAACGCCGGCUUGGCCAGAUGGCUCCCGGCGGAGUACGAGGAUGGAGAAAACCAACCCAAAGGCUGGAACGCCGGACGCAGAUACAGAGGCUUCCAGCUUCCUCUGGUUCGAGAAGUGAGUAAUAAAAUGGUGGGCAGCUCCAGCAUGGCCGUGCCGGAGGACAGCUCUUACUCCCAGAUGCUGGUGGACUGGGGUCAGUACAUCGACCACGACAUCUCCUUCACUCCUCAGAGCUCCGGCCGAAGCCGCUGUCUGCAGACCUGCAGCAACGCAGAGCCCUGCUUCCCCGUGCAGAUCCCCAAGGACGACAAACUGUCCGGCAGUAAAAGCUGUCUCCCGUUUUUCCGCUCUUCCCCCGCCUGUGUUAACGUUCACGCGGCUCUCCAGCGGCAGCAGAUGAAUUCGGUCUCGUCCUUCAUCGACGCGUCCUCCGUCUACGGCUCCUCCGCGGCUCUGGAGGAGAGCUUGAGAAACCUGUCCAGCGCUGAAGGUCUGCUGGCUGUGAGCGGUCAGUACAGCGAUGGUGGCCGGCCGUACCUGCCCUCCGCGGGGCCCUCGGCGUGUCUCCAGGAGCCCGGCUCGGGGCCGGCGGAGCGGGUCGAGUGCUUCACGGCCGGAGACAGCCGGGUCAACGAGAUCCUGCCCCUGUCUGUCCUGCACACGCUCUGGGUCAGAGAACACAACCGGCUGGCCGGACGCCUGGCACGGCUCAACCCUCGCUGGGGGUCAGAGGUCAUCUAUCAGGAGACGCGCAAGAUCAUCGGGGCGCUGCAUCAGAUCAUAACCAUGAGGGACUAUGUUCCUAAGAUCAUGGGGCGGGAAGCGUUUGAAGAGUAUAUCGGGCCGUACUCGGGCUAUGAUGAGUCUGUGAACCCGUCUGUGUCAAACGUUUUCUCCACGGCUGCGUUUCGCUUCGGUCACGUGACCAUCUCACCUAUCCUCAGGAGACUGAACGAGAGCUUCCAGGAACACCAGCGCUUCUCCUCGCUGAGCCUCCAGCAGACCUUCUUCAGCCCCUGGAGACUCGUCAGAGAAGGUGGGCUGGAUCCGGUCCUGCGGGCUCUUCUGGGUCGACCGGCUGCCCUCCAGAACCAGGAGCAUCUCAUGACAGAAGACCUGACCCAAAGACUGCUGGUUCUCAACAUCCCAGACUCUCUGGAUCUGGCUGCUCUGAACCUGCAGCGUGGACGAGAUCACGGCCUGCCGGGUUACAAUGACUGGAGGGCUUUCUGUGGGUUCGGCCGAGUUGAAAGCCGAUCGGAUCUCAUGGAGGUGGUGGGCAGCGGUGAUUCGGUGCAGAAGGUAAUGGAUGUUUACGGUCAUCCGGACAACAUAGACGUGUGGCUGGGAGGUCUGCUGGAGCGUCCGGCGUCCGGAGCCAGGACCGGCCCGCUGUUCGCUUGCUUGAUCGGGAAACAGAUGAAGGCGCUAAGAGAAGGAGACAGAUUCUGGUGGGAGCGUCCCGGUGUGUUUUCCCCGAAACAAAGACAGGAACUCCAGACACACUCUCUGUCUCGUGUGAUCUGUGAUAACAGCGGCGUGACGGAGGUUCCUCUCGACGCUUUCAGACGCUCAUCUUACCCCGAGGACUUCGUCUCCUGUGGGAACGUCCCAUCGAUGGACCUAGAGGCGUGGAGGGAUCAUCUGUGACGAGAUGGGUUCAACGGUUUUGUUUUUUCUAAUUUUAGUUUUGUCUACUGACAAAGGCUGCAGUUGUUGGAGUAAAAUGACUGUAAAAACUGAAAAAGGUUCAAUUUAAAGUAGCUGUUUUCUAUAGAAGCCUGUUUCCACCAUUGAAUAAAACAAAAUGUUAUAGUAUAAACUUGUAACUGCAAUUGUCUUUAUAUCCCUUUAUAUUUUGUCUGCAUAUUCACUUUAUGACUCACAAUCGUGUGAGUUAUAAAUACACUUUUAUCUCACCAUUCAGACUCUUUUUCUCCAAUUUGAGUGAUAAAAUUUUUUUUUCUCAGAAUUGUUAUUUUUUGUUAGUUAUAAAGUCCAACAUAAAGGGAAAAAAACGAUGUAUUUUCAGAAUUGCGACUAUAUCUCACAAUUUUACCUUUAUGACUCGCAAUUGCAAGUUUACAUCUCGUAAUUCUGACUUUACAACUUGCAACAGAAAUUCUUUAUAUGUCACAAUUCUGUGAAAAAAGCCAAAAAACGAAAAAAAUUUUUUUACACAUUUUUACCCAAAUUUUUACUGUUUUAAUUUUUUAUUCAGCGGGCUUUUAUGUACUUCUCGGAAAUAUGCUUAAAAGACAUUUCGGUAAUUAAAUUGAGAAAAAGUCCAAAUGUAUUUGAGCUAUACUGUACUCCUAUUAUCCGUGUUUUCGUUGUUAAGAGGCUGAAACACAUCUGUGUUUCCAAAAAAAACCCAGUGAAGAAGAAAGUGAAAGAACAGAUGCUUCCACGUGUAAUCUCACACGAUCAUCAGACAUGAAACAGCAUCAAAACGCUGCGACGUUAUGAAAUAAAAUGUCACCAGUGAAGUAAUAUUGACUGUCAAGCUUCAGGAUGUUGAUCGACUCCAAAUAUUUAAUUUUUCCUUUUUUUUUAUGAAACUUGCCCACAUUCAAGUGUUUCAUGAAGCCAGAAUAAAAUGUUUUUGUUGACAAGA